AUGCUUUUCCUUUCUCGGCGGAGUUCUUGAGUACGAGCGGGUGGAGAGCGGGCGUCCAUUUUGCUUCGCCAUAUUGAAUUUGGUCGGACAUCUUUGGACGCCAUGUUUAGUCGGACAUAUUUUAUAAACAUUUUCGCGUAAAUUUCAAAUAUUUUUGAGCCUAAAUAUCGAACUUUUUUUCACUGAAAACUGUGGCACUAGUUGUGGUAAAUAUUGCGUUGGAAAAUUCCGUGCCAACGCAUCUGUCCAUAUUUGUCUUCUGGGGGCCGUCGGUGCUUUUGUUACUGGAUAAAUACAGUUGACACGGCACCAUCAUGAUGAACCAGGAGAUUAUGUGUGAGGUGGAGAUAGGCACACACGGCUCCAUGGUAGACAUAGAAGGAGACGAUCAGGUCGGAGUCAAGUAUGAAGAGAUAGAAGCAGGUCAAUACGAGGAGUACAUCACAGAUGAUCAAUAUGAGGAGGUUGAGGAACAGGUCAUUGGUAUGCAGCAUCUAGAAGAAGACUAUAAAAUUGCAGUGGGCAGUGAAGAAGUCAUCCUACCGGGGAUAUCAGGAGAGGAAGUGCUAAACGCGAGCUCAGACCCACACUAUGACCCCCUGUACAAUGUACCAGCGACCACCAGCAGUAGAAGGGGUCGCGGUCGACCCCGCGCGGUACCUAACAACAGCAACAAUAUACAACACUUAAUGCCUAUUGGCGAGGUCCCCGCGCACAUGCUGGAGGCGGGGCGCGGCGCGGCGCGGCGCUGGGAGCAGAAGCAGGUGCAGAUCAAGACCAUGGAGGGGGAGUUCUCCGUCACCAUGUGGGCCACCGGGGACGAUGACGACGACGGUUCGAACCCCGAACCAGAUCCAGACUACACGGAAUACAUGACGGGCAAGAAGAACAUAUUAGGAAAUGAAACAAUGCCAGGUUUAGACUUAUCAGAUCCCAAGCAAUUAGCGGAGUUCGCGCGUCCCGGACACAAAAUAAGACUAAAGAAACCCAUGCCCGAGUCCUCAGACAGAACGAUAGCAUGUCCGCACAAAGGCUGCACGAAGAUGUUCCGCGACAACUCGGCGAUGCGGAAACAUCUGCACACGCACGGGCCCCGCGUACACGUCUGUGCGGAGUGCGGUAAAGCCUUCGUAGAGAGUUCAAAGUUAAAACGUCACCAGCUCGUCCACACCGGGGAGAAACCCUUCCAGUGUACCUUCGAGGGCUGCGGGAAGAGGUUCUCCUUAGAUUUUAACUUAAGGACCCACGUCCGCAUCCACACUGGCGACCGUCCCUACGUGUGUCCCUUCGACGGCUGCAACAAGAAGUUCGCGCAGAGCACCAACCUCAAGUCACACAUACUAACACACGCCAAAGCCAAGUCAAGAAAUUCAUUAUCUCGCAACGGUGGCAAUUCCUACGAGUCUGCGAGAACCACACCACAGUACGUCCAACUGGAAAUGUCCCCGGACGACUCGAAUCCCCAACUAAUCUUCUACACGCAUGAGUGAACUCUUGCUCCAAGCAAGAAGUGACCUCUUGCAACAUGCAAGGACGGAAUACCUCCACAAGUGAAGUGAAGUGACAAUGUGACAGUGCUAGUGAUGCAAGAAUCGAAUAAUUAUCAUAAUAUUAUGAAGUAAGACGCUACAAAGUGAGACAAGAAAAGACUUAAAUAGUGAUGCAAGAAAGCAAGACUGUGGAACAGACUUGCGAGUGAUCAAGUUUUUUAUUUUCUAUAUUUUUGCUUGCUUUGGAGUGAACCAAAGGAAUUUUAUGUUAAACAAAAUAUUAUUUUAGUUUGGCAACAUUCACUUGGUGUUGCAUACUAACAAAAUUGUAUUUGGCACUUUUUUUUAGUUCUUGCACUGUUUGUUGUAUAAAAUAGUUUGUCAAUUAACGGUCACAGUUUAAGAAUAAUUAAAUACUUUACAUUUGGUACAUAAACAUAUCUGAAUCAUACAAUAACAUGGAUGUACAGUUAUGCUUAAUCUAUAUGAUCUUUCAAUUAGACUAUUAGUAUGAGGCGCAGUGUUUUACUGACAAAGUUCAAGUAGGCGAACGUAAACAAAGUUUGAAAGAACUCAUCGUCACAGAGAGCACAAAAUAUACAUGAUUGUGACGUCAUAUAAAAUCAAUUUAUUGUCAUUCAACGUAAAGAAAUGUGUCCAAUACUUAUCUGAAUCUUCCUGUCAGACUGUCCAACAUUUAGCCCACUUACACUUACAAAUAAGUAAAUUGUCUUGGUAAAAAUGCUGCUGUGAGGAAUCCGGUUGGAUCCGAAACUUGUCUCUCGAUCCCGAUAAAGACGUAUGAGUAAACUGGUAUGUCAUACUGCCUUUAGCUCACGUUACCAGUCGCGUUAAUGUCGGUUUAACGAGAUAUCAUCCCUACCGGUACAAUCCUCAUACCAAAUUUUAUCACAGUCAGUUGAGCGGUUUAACAUGAUAGCGAAACAUACAAACAAUCACUUCCAUAUUUUAAAUAGAAAUAAUGAUGUUAGUAAAAUUUUUAAACUGUGACCACAAUAUCUAAGCAAAAGGAUGCAUUGGAAAGAGUUUUACAAAUCUUAUAUUAUUUUCUUAUUUACUAUAAGUUGGCGUGAAAAACAAUCGCGAAUAUAACCUAUUUUGUAGACAACCUGUGUCCAAUAUCUCUUUAUCAAAAGCUAGUUUUAGACGUAUUUUUCUUCAAGCUUAUAAAUCUUCUUAAACAGACCUGAAUUUGAUAUCCUGUUUUAUAUUCAGGGUGGUUUUUAUACUUCAAUGUGUGAGAAUUCACAUCUUUCUUCAAGUAAAAAUGCUUAAAAUUUUGAAUAUCUGAUAAUGUUUACUUAUUAAUUUGAUUUUCUGAUUAUGUUACUAUAAUAAGUUAACAAGAAAUACUGAAUAUAUCAUGUGACUGCAUGUUGGUGGUAAAGCUAUCAUUAAAAGUGCCUUUAUUUGAAAAAAAAUGUUUGCCUUUGAUUUGCAUAAUUCAGUUUUACCAUUUAUAUGUCGUCUGCUAAUACUUCCAGCGUAUUUUAAUUAAUAUCCUUAGAAAUCUUUCUAAUUUCAAUCCUGUACUGAGUUAAAUCUUAUUUAAUUGUUUCAAAAAUAACACCAAUUAGGAAACUACGAUUUUAUUAUAAUUAUAAAUAUUAGUUAACAGAGAGUUAAGAUAAAGGUUGUUUAACAAAUAGGCUAACGAAUUUGUAAAUUUUGUACCAUAUAAAUGCCAAAAAAUAAUAUUGUAAUAUAAUUUUUAGUUUUAGAGGAACGGAAUUCAUAUGGUUAAACUCUGGAAGGCUGAUCAACUUAUACUGUUGUCAAAUUAAAAACACAGCUGUGAUGUGUUGGUAAAACUAUCACGCAAUCACGAAAAGAGGUUUGACAGGUGAUAAAACUUUUCUGUUGAGUCGUUUUUCAGGAUUCAAGAGAAAGUGUUCAGAGAAUCUUCCAUUAUAGUUAUUAUAUUCAGCACAAUGUCAAUUGCAUAGAAAUAUCUUUUAUAAUUAAGUGUGUUUCAUAUGUUUACCUUUCAAACAACUUCCUCAAUUGUACAAUUGCAAAAUAAGGCAAAAAUAUCAUUGAAAAUUGCACAAUUAUUGCAAUCUAAUUUGUUUUACUCAAUUGUUAAAUAAUUCGCAAUAAUUGUGCAUUUCUCACUUGUGUAUAUUUCUUUAUACCAAUACCAGUGCAUAUAAAUAAUAUUAAAUAGAGAAUUAGUUUUAAAAUAUUUUUUAAACAUAUGAAUUCCAUUCCGAAGCAUGCAUGCAAAAAUAUAAGACUUAUCCUACAAUAGUGCUACUAAUUACUAAUACAUUUUUAUUUAGUUACUCUGUUUUAUCCUCAAUUUGACAAAGACUGAUCAAUUGAUGAUGUCAAAUCAGCUGAUCACAACACCAUAUUUGGUUGUCCAUAAUACUUGCAGACAAUCACAGUGCUAGACAUGACAUUUAAAUGUUUAUAGUAACUCUCAUGAGGAGCAUUCAAUAUUAAAUGAUGUAACGGUUUACUCACGCGUAUUUAUCGGGAUCGCCCGACUAGUUUCGGAACCAACCGGAGUUUCUAAUCAUGAGAUACCUAAUAAUUCAAAGCUUUCACACAAAGCCAUCUAAUCGACAACUGAUAAACUUACUUAUAUAUUUCUAAAUACAUACAUAUUAUAGAUAAAUUACACCCAGACACAGAACAAAUGAUAGUGCUCAUCUCACAAACAUUUCCCCCGGGUAAGAAUCAAUCACGACCUCCGGUAAUACUCUCGAGUAAACGGUUACAUCAUUUAAUGAUCUGAUUAAUUGACAAUUCUUUUCUCUUGAUCAGUGUUUGUGAUGCCAGGGGAACUACUGUCGCGUCUUAUAAGUAUGAUUAUAACGGGUGUGUCACACUUACACAAGUUCAAUAAUAUUACUAGAAGCUGUGAUGAUAGUUUCCCGCACCGUGAGUGUCUUAGUACUAAAGAUAUCCUAUUAACUGAUAACUGCCAAAUGAAUUAACAAUAUGUUUUAAUUAUUUGUAGAAACCAUUUUUUCACGAUAUAUUUUUGCGUGCAUGCAAUUUCUUUAUUUUUAGUUCUUUUUUAUAAGUUAGGGAAAAGAAUCGACGCUUCCUCUUACUAUGACAUGUAUUAGCAAUUUGAUAACAUUAUGUAAUGUCUAUAUUUGAGUCUAAAUUGUUUUCCAUAAGCUUGUACAUUCGAUCUGUUUUCGUGGUAACUCUAUGUCUUCUAAUUUUUUAAAUAAAGGCGAAGCGUUAGUAACAGGCUUCCGUUUUAACACUUAGGGUAGAAAACUAAAAAAAAAUAUCAGUCGCUAUAUAACAUCUAUAACAGAGAUAGCAUAUGACUCAAAUGUGAUAUAACAUUAUAAAAAACCUACUUUGCCGCUACAGCCUUUAUUUCAAAACUAUUAGGUCUUUUUUCAUGAUUUAUUGUUACCACUUUAACAUCGAAUGUAUCAAGCAAAAAAUCCUUUUUAACUACACAUAAAAAUGAACUUUUAAUUCAAAGAAAAAUCUUUUCAAUUUCUCGCAGAAUAAAUUCGUCUGUAACUACGUAAUGUAACAAAUUGCUACUAUAUGUUCGUCGUUAAUGUAUAUUAAGGUUUUUUAAAACGACUGAUGCAAUUGUAUAUAAUAAUAUUUUCUUCUUUCAUGUAUUGGUGUAUUUGACCUCGAAAUUAGGGAAAAUAGGCAAAAUUGUUGGCUUAUAUGAGCUGCGAGUAAUUAAGUAGCUGGUAUAAGUCGAUUUGGGUUUAAAUUUAGUUUCAAAUUUGAAUUUAGUGACUAUUAGACUGAAAUGUUAUGUGUCUGUAAGCUUGUAAAAGGAAACCGUAGGUCCUGUGGAAGCGAGAUGCCACUAUGUGUACUCUAUCAUGCCAUCUUGCUUCCUCAAUAACAGUCCUGAUUUAAGAACUCAUUGUUUAAGCACUGAUCAUUUAUCUAUCUCUGUCUCAAGACGUAUUUUUAUAAAUUAACAAAAUUGAUGUGAUAAAUCUGAAAUAAACAUUGCAUGUAUUAACAAUAUAGUGUGAAAGAUUGCAUUAUUCUCUGAGUAUUUCAGUAAAUUGCUUUUUCUAGACAAUUAACGAAUCGACAAUUAAUGGAUUAGUUAUCGUGACAAAAUUUAGUCAGAAUUUGGAAAUAGUCAAUGUAGUAGUCGGUCCAAUUAACAUCAUUAGAGAAAAGAGGUCUUUAAUAAUGCAAUAUCCGUCCCAUAAUAUUAUGUGAAGUUUAUUUCAGAUUUACUGCAGGCGGUAGUUCAGUUUCCAGUGUUGCUAGUUUUUAAUUUGUAAACUAAAUGUUGUCAGGUCAAAAUACAGCAUUACAUUGAACAUGGUUCUCUAUUGUGAGAGACAAACGAAAUAAAUUGUAAAUAUUUAUAUAAA